UCCAGAGAGAAGGAGAGGAAGAGAGGUGGGGAGAGGGGGGGGGAAACAACCACCACCACCCUCCCCCAUCCUCAGUGGAAAAGGCAGCCGAUCAGCCGUCAGGGGUUCAGUCGUACAGAGCAGCCGGUUCAGUGAGCGUGCCGGGCGCCUCAGCCAUGCCAUAACUACGGCCCCCCCUGCUAAAACCACGGAUACAGCGGCCCCGCGGCCCUCAGGAGAGGACCUGCAGACAGCAUGCAGCCUGCGCAGACCCUGUGCAGCCUGCGCAGACCCUAACGACAGCACUCCCAGCGUCCACCGCGAGAGCAGACCGAAGAGCGGUCACAACAUCUCACGCGCCAACAGAGUCCAGGUUUGGAGAGAGUGAACUUGCUGAGAGAGGUCCGUGGCAGCGUGGGGAAGCAGCGGCGGCCUCAGGCACGGGGGCAGCCAUGCGGAGCGCGACGUGGAGGCUGUGCGUCGCGCUGUGUCUCUGCGCCUGGGGCGCGGGGGUCUGCCGGGCGGCGGGGGGGGAGCCCCGGGCGAGGCGGCGGCGCUCGCCCGACGACGAGGCCAGGAGGUGCUCCUACACCUUCCUGGUGCCCGAGCAGAGGAUCACGGGCCCCAUCUGCGCCAGCUCCACGGGGCCGGAGCCCGACAAGGACCGGGUGACGCGCGUGGACAUCGCCGACGUGCGGGAGGUGCUGUCCAAGCAGCGGCGGGAGAUGGAGGUGCUGCAGCUGGUGGUGGACGUGGACGGCAACCUGGUGAACGAGGUGAAGCUCCUGCGCAAGGAGAGCCGCAACAUGAACUCGCGCGUGACGCAGCUCUACAUGCAGCUGCUGCACGAGAUCAUCCGCAAGCGCGACAACUCGCUGGAGCUGGCGCAGCUGGAGAGCCGCGUGCUCAACGUCACCGCCGAGAUGCUGCGGCUGGCCGCGCGCUACAAGGAGCUGGAGCUGCGCUUCUCCGCGCUCGCCGGCCUGGUCAACAACCAGUCGGCGCUGAUCACGGCGCUGGAGGAGCAGUGCCUGCGCACGUACACCCGCCAGGAGCUGCCCGAGAUGCCGCCGCUGGUGCAGGUGGUGCCGGAGCACCUGCCGGUCAACACCCGCUUCACCAACGAGAUCCAGCGGGACCACAGCCGCGCCUUCCCCCGCGGCUCCCGCAUGGACUCCUCCGGCGCCACCGCCAGCCCGCUGGGGUUCCCCCCCCCGCCCCAGGGCACGCUCAGCUCCGACGGGCCAUUUCGGGACUGCUACCAGGUGCGGCAGGCGGGGUACUCCACCAGCGGGAUGUACCUGCUGAGGGUGGAUGGCACCGAGUACCUCCUUCAGGCGUGGUGCGAGCACGGCCUGGACAACGGGGGCUGGACCGUGUUUCAGAGAAGGAAGGACGGCUCGGUCAACUUCUUCAGGAACUGGGAGAACUACAAGAAAGGGUUUGGGAACAUAGACGGUGAGCACUGGUUGGGUCUGGAGAACAUCUACAACAUGGCCAAGCAGGUGGACUACCGUCUGCUGGUGGAGAUGGAGGACUGGGUGGGCAAGAAGGUGUACGCCGAGUACAGCAGCUUCCACCUGGAGCCGGAGAGCGAGUUCUACAGGCUACGCCUCGGUACCUACCAGGGCAACGCUGGAGACUCGCUCAGCAGCCACAAUGGAAAGCAAUUCACCACCCUGGACCGUGACAAGGACGCCUUUUCAGGUAACUGUGCGCACUUCCACAAGGGGGGCUGGUGGUACAACGCGUGCGGCCAGACCAACCUGAACGGCGUGUGGUACGCGGGCGGGGUUUACCGCAGCAAGUUCCAGGACGGAAUCUUCUGGGCCGAAUACGGAGGCGGUUCCUACUCCCUCAAAUCAGUGCGCAUGAUGAUUCGACCGAUUGACUGAGGACAAACAGGAUGGACACCCCCCCCCCCCCCCCCCCCCCCGACCCAAAACCCCCAUCUCCCCCAAGCUCACCCUACAACCUCUGUCCCGCCCCCCUCUCUAUAAACCACAUCCGAACAGUGCAGACAGAGUGCCUGGUCUGGUCACCCUUCAGGUCUGCUGUUACUGUGGAGGGCUGGAUACAAAGGGGCCUACAAGGACAUGACCGCGGUGUGUCCAGCGACCCCCCCCCUCCUGAGUCACUCGUUAGCACUGGACAAGUCGCGAAUGUGGAGGCAGUCGCCGGACGAAUGCUGACUAACACACACAGGCAGCUGUCACUGCUCAGCUCCCUUUGCCAAAAACAAGUCUGCUGGUUCUGUACGCAGGACGGGCUUCGCACAGACAGCACGGAGGCGUCGCCGUACUUGUCCGUGAACGUCUUCCAAAAGCACUAAAGGAAAAUCGUGAGGAGGGGGGGCGGCGAAGAAGGGAUUUCUCUGUUGUGCAAAGUGUGACACUUGCUUUGUUAUGUAUGUAAAUAUAUUUGGCUUAUUCUGUAAAAGUUAAUUUAAAGAAGUCUGAUUCUGCUCGAGCAGUAAUAUUGUCUACUCCCCUACCCUCUUUCCCCCCUUGUUAUUUAUCAUCCUAUUUAUAAUGGAUAUAGUCUUCCCCUUUUUAUUUAUCCAGGAGUGUGAGUAAAUGCUGGAUGUGCUUUGCAUAUACCGUUCAGUACAACACUCUAUCCCUUCCUCAUAAACACUUAUACAACUAGUGGACAGGAGGCGAAAUCCAAGUCCACCUCUGCCAUCAAACAUUGCCAGAUAGAAAAUUGAUACUACCCAAAAAUAAUGCGCCUUUUUAAAAUACCAACCUGAGAGCAAUAAAUUUAUAUGUGCUACUUUAUACGUUGUACAUCACCACAGACGUGUUACGUUCCUGAUGACCUUGCAAAACGAAGUGUCCAAAAUAAGCGGAGAGAAAACGUGUUGAUGAUGUACUUCGUUCUGGAGGUUUCCAUGAUUUUUAAAAAAUGCAGACAUAUGAAAAAGUGACCGGCGGGCCAGGGUAAGGCAGCGAGAAAGAGAAUGAAAAACAUAUUCUAUGAGCCAGACAUGAGAGAGAGAGAGAGGGCUGCAGAGAGUGGGCCCUAGGGUGGAAGACAUCCAAGAUCUCCUGGGGGAACAUAAAUUGACAUUCUUUCCAUACGACGUGCUUGGGUUUCGUAUUCAUGUGUGCAUUCGAGAAAGCCGCAGUUCCUCGUGGACAAUAAACGUGGGGGAAAUGUUUUCAAUUAGGGGGAAAUAAUCCUAAAACUGUAGGUGAAGUAGGACAUAGACGGUCAGGAAGCAACUCGCACAAUGAAAAAAAAAAUAUUUUUAUAGGGUUCCGCAGAUGACCAGGGAUAUGCAUUUGCCAGUAAUUGUGUACCAUCAAUCUGAAAUUAAAUCAUGGGCUUUCAAUACGUUUUCUGCAUUUCAAAGGGGGGAAAUGGACAGCCAUUUUUCAGGGAAUUUCAAUUUUAGAACGUAGGCAGUGUGCAUGCGUGUGUGUGUGUGUGUGUGUGUGUGCGCCAGUGUGUGCUUUUGUGUGUGUACAUUGUACAAGGAACUUUUCUUUCAGCAACCAUUAUUGUAUGAUGAAUUGUUGAAAAUCUUCUUAAUCAACUUAAGUUGCGAUACAUUGAAUAAUUUCUUUUCAUAAAGCAAACUAUUGUGGUAUAUAAUAGAUGUGAAACAACUAGCAAAUUUUCAAUUUUACUUUCAAAAUAACUUAUCCAAUAAGUUAUACGUCAUAUACUGAUUAUUAAUAUAUAACUUUGGAAUCAUUUUAACCCAAGCAUUACAUGUUCUCCAGGCGUGUACAUUUGAACUACAAACAGCCAUUGGGGCAGGGUGAGAAAUAUGAAGGGUUAAAUUCUACAUAACCUAAAAUGGGUCGCCCAGUCAGUACAAACCACCCACCUCACCCUCUGACAGUGGGGAGUCAUCCCAGCCUGCUAAUUACCCAUAUCAUUUUGAUAGGGACUUUCUAUUCUCAAAGCAAUCUCCAAAGAUUUACAUAUUUAUCUGAAUAUGGGUACUGCAAUAGUUCUUUUAUGACCUAUUUUGAAAAAUUUACUGGACAUAAAUGGUGAUGAAAAUAUUUCAUUUGAUUGUUUCAGGGUGCAGGGAAAAUUUUCUGGCACGACCGUUCAGACCAAAUUUUACUUUUAAUUGAAAAUGACCGAACUAAAUUGCAGUGAUUAUUUGCAGAACUGCAUUAAAACAUCCAUAAUGUAAUCAAACAUUGAAUAAAUUAUGAUUUCAUUUGUAAAAA